AUGAUGAUACUUUUUGGAAUAUUUCAACUUAUCGUCCACAUUGGAUCAACUCAAGGAACUUCACAAAAUAUUCGAUGUGAGCUUGAAGUUGUUGAAGACUUAUACACAUGCACAAUAGUUUCAGCUGAUGUUUUUAAUGAAAACAACUCAAUUCAAUUUUUAAUGACACAUUUGGGAGGCAAAAAUGAUGAGGAUGUGAUAGCAAUGAGAACAAGUUUAUCGUUUAGUGGCAAAAUUCAAAUCUUUCAUAGACAAUUUCUCGAAAGAUUUAAUAAUCUACAAAUUAUUGUGCUUCAUAAUGUGGACAUGAUUUCUAUGGCAGUUAAUUCUUUUGAAAAAUGUAAUGAACUUGUGAUGCUGGAUGUUCAUAGUAAUAUUUUGGAAACUGUGCCUGAUAGAAUUUUUGAAAACUGCAGCAAAUUAAAAGCUUUAAUAUUAAGUUCAAAUAAUUUGAAAAGCAUAUCCAAUGAAUCGUUUGUAGGACUUAAUAAUCUUGAAGUUUUAAACCUAAAUUCAAACAAAGUUGCAGGAUUUUCUCAAAAUUUGAUUAAAAAUUUAAUUACCUUGAAAGAACUUGAUUUGGGCAAUCCAAAGAGCAACUUUACAUAUGAAUCCACAGUUUUACAGCAUCUCAAAAAUCUAUCAGUAAUAAAUUUGGACAACUGGAACCUCAAAUUUGAAAACAUCAAAAUUCUAAUCGACAAACUUACAAAUUUGAAGAAAAUUUCAAUCGCAACCAAUUUAUUGUCAGAUAUCAGCUUUGGAUUUUUCAACCAGUUUAAAGUUCUAGAAGUUCUCAAUAUGGACAACUGCAGCAUAAGUAGCAUUCCAAAUAAUGUUUUGAAAGAAUUCCCAAAAAUAAAGGAAUUUUCACUUAGACACAAUCUUUUUAAAAGCAUCAUAAAGAAAACAUUUGAGAAACUUGGAAGCUUAGAGGUUCUUAAACUUGGACACAAUGAAAUUCAAGAUGUGGAUUUUAAAUCUUUCGACAUUCAUUUUCAACUGAAAGAACUUGAUUUGAGCAACAACAACAUUAAAACUUUACAUGCUGAUGUUUUCAAAUAUCAGGGAAAUUUACAAAAACUUGACAUAAGUUCAAAUGGAAUUGAGACACUUGCUGGACUUUUUAAAGCUCUUGAAAAGCUUGAAGUUGUUGAUUACAGCAACAAUUUAAUUAAAAGACUGAAUUCUGGAAAUCUUGCAUUUUUGAGAGAAUUUUCGGCUUCAUUCAAUGCAAUUGAGGAGAUUCAAAGAAACUUUUUCGUUGGCUUUCCAAAUCUCGAAAAGGUUAAGUUUGAGGGAAAUCCUUGCGCUGAUGUAAUUAUUGAGAAUAUCCAGCAAACCAAUGUGACUUCAGUUUUUAGUCAAUGUUUUGAUAAUUUUGAAGGCAUUACAACGUCAACAACACCUUUACCGACGACAACAUCACAAACUUCAUUAACAGACAUCAUAUCCAGCACCACAGCUUUGAUUUCAACUGAUAAUCCUCCAACAAACCCAAUUUCAACAACAAUAUCAACAACAACUUUGAAAAAGACAACAACAGUAAUGACUUUUACGACAACAACUUCUUAUUUUGUUCCAUCAACUCCUUCGAGUACACAGUCAACGACUUUAAGGACUUCGUUAUUUUCUUCAACAAUGCGAACCACAACUGGCAUUUCUUCUACAACAAAAGGAACUGGAAGUGGGAAUGUUUUGAGUAUGUCGAUAGUUGCGGUCAUUAUUAAUGCAGCUAGAAAUUUAAUUUUGUAGUGGAUGUGCUUAGAUUAUGAAGGAUUUGAUGUAAUUCUCUAAAGUUGAACAAAAAAGAUGUAGAAAUUUAAGUAAAAAGAGUCGCUAUUUUACUUACUUACUUCGAUGACUUUACAGAUCAAUUGUGAUCCAUGACCUCCCUCAGAUGACACAUAAAAUUGGCUCUAUC